AUAGGCUCUGUAUCUAGCUAGUAUCUGCACAUCUGCACAUAUCAGAGUCCGACCCAGAUCAAGUUUAUAGACUUAUGUAGUACUUGUCUUGAAAGUGUUGUCCCCUCCCCACCGUUGCUCAUGAUGAUGCCCGGCGGCCAUGGGAAUGAAAAUCCCAACACCAACUACAUGAAUGGGCGAGGAUUCUGGAUUUUCUAUCUCUUGGUCUUGGGCGGGGUGCACAUUAUCUUGUUGAGCGUGCCGGUCAGCCUAUUUUCCGUAGCCUGGGUCUGGACCCUCACUCACGUGGGACACAAUGCCAUACAGUUCUGGUUCCUCCACUGGAUGAAGUCCCACCCGUGGAUCACCUUUGAUCAGGGCUCGAACCGCCGGCUGACCCAUUGGGAGCAGAUUGACCACGGGGUCCAGUACACGCCCACGCGUAAAUUCUUGACUAUUCUCCCCAUCAUGCUCUACAUCUUGGCCAGCGGGUACACUCGCUAUGACAAGAUUCACUUUGCUAUCAACACCCUGAGUCUGGCCUCGGUCCUGAUCCCCAAAUUACCUUGGUUCCACAAAGUCAGAUUGUUUGGGAUCAACAAAUACUGAAGCCACCAUCCGUCGUUUCCUGAACCUUUCUUCCGCCAUGUUGUGAUAGUGCAGAGUACAUUUAACUAUACAAACACAUAAAUAUACCCUCGUCUUCCGCUACGGACUUACAUUCAGAUAUGAUCAACUACGUAGAUGACCUCAUUCACUCUUUGUCUAUGAUUCUAGA